UGCUAGUGAGGUGUCGUGUUGUGGUGGUUUGGAGACAGUAAAUUGUCAUUUGGAAAAAUUGCCUUAUAUAUCGUGGAAAGGCGUUUUAACUGUGUAUUUGUUUGGUGGAAUAGAGAGAAGGGGAAUUACAGCAAAAAUGAUAACUUCUGCGGCUGGAAUAAUUUCUCUUCUGGAUGAAGAAGAACCUCAACUUAAGGAGUUUGCGCUACACAAGCUGAACUCCAUUGUCAAUGACUUUUGGGCUGAGAUAUCGGAAUCAGUUGAUAAAAUUGAAGUGCUUUAUGAAGAUGAGACAUUCCGUAGCCGGGAGUUUGCUGCAUUGGUGGCCUCAAAAGUAUUCUACCACCUCGGGGCUUUUGAGGAGUCCUUGAACUAUGCGCUUGGUGCUGGCGAUCUGUUCAAUGUUGCUGAUGACUCUGAAUAUGUGGAGACCAUAAUAGCGAAAUGCAUUGACCACUACACAAAGCAGCGUGUGGAAAACGCAGAACUGCAGGAGGGUGAAGAGAAGAAGAGCAUUGACCCUCGUUUGGAGGGCAUCGUCAACAAGAUGUUCCUGCGUUGUUUGGGCGACCACAAGUACAAGCAGGCCAUUGGUAUUGCCCUGGAGACCCGACGCCUGGACAUCUUUGAGAAGACCAUCCUGGAGUCUAAUGAUGUUGGUGGCUUACUGGCCUACAGCCUGAAGGUGUGCAUGUCACUGAUGCAGAACAAGCAGUUCCGCAACGAGGUUCUUCGAGUACUGGUCAAACUCUAUAUGAACUUGGAGAAACCAGAUUUCAUCAACGUUUGCCAGUGCCUGAUCUUCCUGGAUGACCCACAAGCGGUGAGCGACAUCCUGGAGAAGCUGGUGAAGGAGGACAAUCUCCUGAUGGCCUACCAGAUCUGCUUUGACCUGUAUGAGAGUGCCAGCCAGCAGUUCCUGUCCUCUGUCAUCCAGAACCUGCGCACUGUGGGCACUCCCAUCCCAGCCGUGCCGGGCUCCACCAACACGGGCACCGUGCCCACGCAGGACAAGGACAGUGAUGCUAUGGAAACGGAUGAGAAAGCUGGCAGCUCCCCUGCUGGAAAGUCUGCAGAAUCAAAGGAUGAACCGAAGGACCAGAACUCAAAGAUGAUCAAGAUACUCAGUGGAGAAAUGGCCAUAGAACUACAUCUCCAGUUCCUCAUCCGAAACAACAACACAGACUUGAUGAUUCUCAAGAACACAAAGGAUGCAGUGCGUAAUUCAGUGUGCCACACAGCAACGGUCAUAGCCAACUCAUUCAUGCACACGGGAACCACCAGUGACCAGUUCCUCAGAGAGAAUUUGGAGUGGUUAGCAAGAGCCACUAAUUGGGCCAAGUUCACUGCUACUGCUAGCCUGGGGGUCAUUCACAAGGGCCAUGAGAAGGAGGCAUUGCAGCUGAUGGCCACAUACCUGCCCAAAGACACCUCCCCUGGGUCAGCCUAUCAGGAGGGAGGAGGUCUGUAUGCCCUUGGGCUGAUCCAUGCCAACCACGGGGGUGACAUCAUCGACUACCUGCUCAGCCAGCUGAAGAAUGCCAGCAACGAUAUUGUCCGCCAUGGCGGUGGACUGGGCCUGGGACUAGCUGCCCUGGGCACUGCCCGUCAGGAUGUCUAUGACCUCCUCAAGUCCAAUCUGUACCAGGACGAUGCAGUCACAGGUGAGGCGGCUGGGCUGGCUCUGGGGUUGGUGAUGCUGGGCUCCAAGUCUGCCCAGGCCAUCGAGGACAUGGUGGGCUAUGCCCAGGAGACGCAACACGAGAAGAUCCUGCGGGGGCUGGCAGUGGGCAUCGCGCUGGUCAUGUACGGCAGAAUGGAAGAGGCUGACACGCUCAUUGAGAGCCUGUGCAGGGAUAAGGACCCCAUCCUGCGGCGUUCGGGAAUGUACACAGUGGGAAUGGCAUACUGCGGCUCUGGAAACAACAAGGCCAUCCGACGCCUGCUUCACGUGGCUGUGAGCGAUGUGAACGACGACGUCAGGAGGGCGGCGGUGGAGUCCAUCGGAUUCAUCAUGUUCAGGACGCCAGAGCAGUGUCCCAGUGUGGUCUCCCUGCUGUCUGAGAGCUACAACCCCCACGUUCGCUGUGGAGCCGCCAUGGCCCUGGGCAUCUGCUGCGCUGGGACGGGCAACAAGGAAGCUAUCAAUCUCCUGGAGCCCAUGACCAAUGACCCUGUCAACUACGUGCGGCAAGGAGCCCUCAUCGCCUCUGCUCUCAUCAUGAUCCAGCAGACUGAGGUCACCUGCCCGAAGGUCAACCAGUUCCGCCAGCUCUACUCCAAGGUCAUCAACGACAAGCACGAUGAUGUCAUGGCCAAGUUUGGGGCCAUCCUGGCACAAGGCAUCUUGGACGCGGGCGGUCGCAACGUGACCAUAUCCCUGCAGUCACGCACAGGCCACACCCACAUGCCCUCUGUGGUGGGCCUCUUGGUCUUCACCCAGUUCUGGUUCUGGUUCCCCCUCUCCCACUUCCUGUCCCUGGCCUUCACCCCCACUGCCAUAAUCGGCCUCAACAAGGAUCUGAAGAUGCCCAAGGUGCAGUACCGCUCUAACUGCAAACCCUCCACCUUUGCCUAUCCACCCGCACUGGAGGUGCCAAAGGAGAAAGAGAAGGAGAAGGUUUCUACUGCCGUUCUGUCCAUCACAGCCAAGGCCAAGAAGAAGGAGAAAGAGAAGGAGAAGAAGGAGAAGGAGGAGGAAAAGAUGGAAGUGGAGACUGAAGCUGAGAAAGAGAAGAAAGAUGAGGAGAAAGAGAAGGAGAAGGAAAAAGAGAAGAAGAAGGAGCCAGAGCCCAACUUCCAGCUGCUGGAGAACCCAGCCAGAGUGAUGCCCGCUCAGCUGAAAGUGCUCACCAUGCCGGACACCUGCCGCUACCAGCCCUUCAAACCGCUGCACACCGGCGGGAUCAUCAUCAUGAAGGACACCAGUGAGGAAGAGGAGGAACUGGUGGAGCCUGUGUCUGCCCAUGGCCCCAAGAUUGAGGAGGAGGAGCAGGAGCCCGAAGCCCCAGAGCCUUUUGAGUACAUCGAUGAGUGAUGCGGCUCCCCCCACUCCCCCCCCACAGGCAGAUAUGGAGCUUUUACAGAGACCCAGCAUGCACCUCUUCCAGACUCCCUUCUUUUACAUGUUCCCCCUUGAGCCUGACUGCCAUGCUGCGCAGGGGAUGUUUUACAAACUCUUGUUGAAUGGUAUCGUUUUCUGUCAGUACAAUAAA